AUGGACCUGAAUCCAGCCAGGAGCCCAGACCUCAAUAAGAGCCCCAACAUGACCCCCAAUCCAGACAUGGGCCUCUCCCCAGCCCUGGGCACAGCCCUGAGUCCCAACACGAGCGAGCCCCUGGCUCCCAAUGCGGGCAGCGUGCCCAGGCCGGCCUCUAGUGGAGCCCUGCCUCCGUCCUUUGCCCUGGCUCCAGCUCCCAUGGGGAGUGACGAGGAAAACCUGGGUCCAGAGGGCGGCUCUCGGCACAGCGUGGAUCCCCACAUUGCUCUGACCUCCACCACCUUCCAGAUGCCCACCUCCAACAAGGCGGGUGGCAUGGAGUCAAGCAGCAUCUCUAGUCCCAGGUUCACUAUCAUCCCUGCCCCAGCCCCCAGCACGGCUCUCAUGGCAGCCUUAAAUGAUCCAGCGGCCAACCAGACUUCCAGCCCCACUUCCAAUGUAAUGGUCGCCCCAGGCCCCCACCUGAACCCUCUCCCAGGCAAAGAGGCCGACGGCGCCAGUCCCGGCUCCAACGGGCCCUUCCCACCAAAGCUAUCUUCCCUCCCUGCAAAUAAAAGCCCCAGCACCCACAGGGCCUCGGACUUAAAUUCCAAUAGCCCCCCCAAGGCAGCCAAGCUGAGCCACAGCCCGAGCCUGACUUCUGGAAAGACCUUGAGCCAUGGUUUUGACACCAUUUCCAUGAUGGGCUCUCCCACCACUCACCCGCUGAGCUCUGACCUAACCCCAAGUCCGACCUUCCAAAGGAACCCAGGGAUGGAAAAUGUCUCAAGGCCAAACUCCAACCUAGCCCUCUGGCCCUUCUCCAACACGACCCCCAGUCCUGGCUCCAGGAGGUCCCUGGGGACGGGAAUGGGCAACAUCUCCAGGUCCAGCUCCAGUGCUGCCCUGUCCCCACCCUCAAGCCCCAGCUCCAAGAAGACCAUGAACAUGGGAAUGGGCAACUCCAACGCGGCCCCAAAUUCUGCCUUGGACAACAAAACCCUUUCAGAUGCCAAUGUCGCCAGACCCAACUCACUCAUGGCCCUCGCACCCAGUACCUGCAUGUCCCUGGUGGUGGAUAACAGCCACGACAGGAGGGCCGACGUAGGCUGUAUCCUGACAGACACUUCCUGCGUGACCCUGACGAGCAACCUGGAUGACAGAGAGGACUUCAGAGUGUCCGCUGGCUAUAGCAGCCAGACAGCAGAACUCAAGAGGAAAAUGGAAACUGGCAUUCCCAUGAUGCUCCAAGUCCCUCGGAUGUCCACCUUUGAAGAUACCUACAUCUAUCAUACCAUACCUGACGAGAACAGGACUGACAUUGAGAGAAGACAAGAGCAGCAGCAGCCGGAGGAUGAGAAGAAGCAGCUGAUAAGGAAGAUGAUGAAGCAAAUCCAGGAAGAGCCCACAGAUAUGCUUUCCAGCCCCACCCGGCAGCAGACACUGGUAGCCCUGGCCCACAUGAGUAACAAGCACCUGUACCUGGGAGCAAAGGAGAGAAAGGAGCUGCUAGCCAUCUGUGUGAAGAGCGUGUUCUCCUUGCCCUCAGUGCAGACCAUGCAGGAGCAGGAUAGGACCAAUGCUGACUUGGUGCAGACAUUGUUUGUUCAGACACUGGAUGCCCUUCACACAUUGAUGAACUCUCUCUUCUUAGAAGAUCCUACCCCUGCUGGCCUAACUAACCUUUUGGAGGUGAGAAGGGGGGUUCAAGGAGAUUCUGACAUAGGACAAGUUAGAGGCAAUGGAAGGACCAGGGAGAAGAGUUUUUGGAGAUGGCCCCUGGGACCCUGGAUGACAUCAUCAAAGGCCCAUGAGAGAGCAAGAGCUGUGAACAGCAAUGUCUUCCUGCUAACCUGCGUGCUUCACACUCACUGUUUCUUUACCAGCUCCGUAGAACAAAUCCUGAGCUCCCCUACGGAGUCUAAGGGAAGCCUGACCUUGGAGAACAACCAAAGGAGCUAUUUUACAAUGUUUGGCUUCCCCAUGUUCGGUCUUCUGCUCGGACGGCUCAUUCUUCGUAUCUGCGACCCAGAUGAAGACAUCGGCUACGAAGCCCUGGAUGGCAUCAUCAUCCUUUACACCAUCCUGGAGCUCCAGAAGAGAUACAUGGACAAGGAAGAAACCAACAAGCUGGAGCUGUAUGAGAGCAAUAAGCGGUUUUUAGGUCCCUACAACCCCGUCAGUCCUUGCCAAAACAUCUUGAGAGUGAUCUCGGAAUUUGGAGACUUUCUUGGACCCCAAGAAGUAAAAGACCUGCUCCUGGCUGCCUUGGAAGGCCUGAGGGAUGACCAGGAGACCCCUGCAAAGGACACAGCAGAGAUGAUGCAGUUGGCAUCUGAGGUCACCCUGAGCUCGGUUCUGGAGUGGUAUAGACACAGGGUACUGGAGGUGAUUCCAGACAUCAUGAACGGCAUCUAUGUGCACCUCAGUGCCAUCCAUGAGCUGCGAGCCCGAGAAGUUGCCCUCUUGCCCAUCUCCCUUUUGGCCAGUUCCUUCAUGACUGAAGUGGUUGUUGCUCUGCUCAUGUGUCCCCUCCCACUGGACAGCAAUGGGGCAGAGAUGUGGAGGCAGCUAAUUCUUCGGAAACCCAGCUGUGACAUUCGGGACCUUCUGGAGCUGCUCCUGACAAGUCUGAAAGAGAAGCCCAUUACCAAGAAGGGCCGGGCCUCCAUUGUACCCCUGGCGGCAGCCAGUGGCCUCUGUGAGCUCCUCUCUGUCAACAGCUGCGUGGGCCGAGUAAGACGCAUCUAUCCCCAGUUGCUCCUUGCCCUGUUGGUCCAGGUCCAUUACCACAUUGGCCUGAACUUGCCUGGCAACAACACUAGCAUCAGGGAUAGCUCAGGCUCCAUCUUUAUCCCUGUCCGGUGGGUGGUCAAAGUGGUCAAGACCCUCUUGUUGAAGAUGGGGUGUUCUUACGAAGCUGCCCUGCUGGAGAGCCAAGGAGGCUGGGAGCUCAUGGGCCAGGCUGAGCAUCACCACCGGGGAGUAUCUCUGCUGGCCAGGGCCAUGGUGCAUUAUUCCUGCCAAGAACUCUGUCGGGUGCUUUAUCUACUGAUCCCACUCCUGGAAAGAGGAGACGAGAAGCACAAGAUCACAGCCACUGCCUUCUUUGUGGAGCUCCUUCGAAUGGAGCAGGUGAAGAGGAUUCCCGAGGAGUACUCCCUGGGCCGAAUGUCCGAGGGCCUGGCCAACGAAGACCCCAUCAUGAAGGUGCUCUGUAUCAGGGGCUUGGUCAUUCUGGCCCACAGGUCCGAAAAGUUGAGGAAACUGAAGAAUAAAGAGAUUAAGUUUUCACCAUCAUCCUCAACGUCCUCGAGACAAAACACAGACCAAUUAUGUAGUGACAAAAUCCAGGCUCUUCUGCCCUCCAUGAUGAAGGGCCUGCAGUGGGUGGACGGCUUGCUGGCAGUGGAGGCCGUUAGCAACGUCAAGACCAUCCUGAAGUGUCAGGAUAAGAAGUCGAGCGACAUCACCAUUUACCUGGAAAUCCUGCAGAUUCUCCAGCCUCACUUCAAUGAUAAUAGGGAAGAGGUACGUUUGACAGCCAUCACCCUCUUCGGUAAGGUGGUCCGGCUACUGCGUAGCCCCUGCAUGCCCCUCACAGAGCAGCAGUUGGUGAACUGCCUGGUACCUCUGAUCCUGCAGCUGCAGGAGGGGAACCCCACCGUGGGCAAGAAAUGUAAGAAGACGUUGUCGUACUGCUGCUACCAUAUGGCCUGGGUCUUGCCAAAAAUGACAUAUAGCAGAAAGCCUUGGGACAUCAGUCAGCAGACUGCGGCCAAGAUCUGCAAGUACUUGGUGAACACCCACCCUGACAGCGCCCUCGUGUUCCUGUCCCAGAGCCUGGAAUACACCAAGAGCCCUCGGCCUGCCCUCCGGAGGAGCGCAGUCACAUUUAUAGGGGCCCUGGUACCCUGCAUGGAAGGCAUGCUGACGGAGGAACUCCUAAAUGAAGUGAAGAUGAGCCUGGAGGCCCUGAGGCACGACUCCGAAGCUUCCGUGUGCAUUUUUGCAGCCCAAGCUCAGGACCACAUCUUAGCCAGCUGCUGGCGGAACUCCUGGCCCCUUCCCCGGGGCGACGCUUGGGUCUGUGACCCGGCCACCAACCACCGAUGGAACUCCAGCAAAGAGAACCUCCCUACCUCCCAUCACCGAGGGGCCUGGAUUUUGGACUCUCUAAGGGUCUGGAAGAAGACUUUAAAGUAGCAAGCGGCAGCUGC